CUUCUCUCGGCCCAGCGUCCGCCCUGCGGCCCCCCGCCCAAUGAAACUGGCCGCGAUGAUCAAGAAGAUGUGCCCGAGCAACGCGGAGCUGAGCAUCCCGGCCAAGAACUGCUACCGCAUGGUCAUCCUCGGCUCGUCCAAGGUGGGCAAGACGGCCAUCGUGUCGCGCUUCCUCACGGGCCGCUUCGAGGACGCCUACACGCCCACCAUCGAGGACUUCCACCGCAAGUUCUACUCCAUCCGCGGCGAGGUCUACCAGCUCGACAUCCUCGACACGUCGGGCAACCACCCGUUCCCUGCCAUGCGGCGCCUCUCUAUCCUCACAGGAGACGUUUUCAUCCUGGUGUUCAGCCUGGACAACCGCGACUCCUUCGAGGAGGUGCAGAGGCUCAAGCAGCAGAUCCUCGACACCAAGUCCUGCCUCAAGAACAAAACCAAGGAGAACGUGGACGUGCCCUUGGUCAUCUGCGGCAACAAGGGUGACCGGGACUUUUACCGCGAGGUGGAGCGGCGUGAGAUCGAGCGGCUGGUGGGCGACGACCCCCAGCGCUGCGCCUACUUCGAGAUCUCGGCCAAGAAGAACAGCAGCCUGGACCAGAUGUUCCGCGCGCUCUUCGCCAUGGCCAAGCUGCCCAGCGAGAUGAGCCCGGACCUGCACCGCAAGGUGUCGGUGCAGUACUGCGACGUGCUGCACAAGAAGGCGCUGCGGAGCAAGGGGCUGCUGCGCGCCGGCCGCGGCGGCGACCCGGGCGACGCCUUCGGCAUCGUGGCGCCCUUCGCGCGCAGGCCCAGCGUGCACAGCGACCUCAUGUACAUUCGCGAGAAGGCCGGCGGCGCGAGCCAGGCCAAGGACAAGGAGCGCUGCGUCAUCAGCUAGGAGCCCCGCCGCGCCACCUGACGAGGACCUUUGGCUUCAAGGUCAAGUCCGACGGCCGGCCGGCCCCGCGCGCCCCGGGCCGCGAGCUCGGACUGGCGUCUUCCCUCCCCGCCACCCGGCCCCCGUCCUGGGGAGGCGCCGCCCCACCGAGGAGGGACGGUCAUCUGCUCUGGAAGGAGAGAGAAGGGCGAAGACUGGGAGCCCCCCCGCUCCCCCAUUGGCGCCCGCGACUUGGGGCGCAAGGGCCCCGCAGAGUGGGUUGGUCUUGUUUCCAAGACCUAAGAAUGAGGGUGGGGAGCGGGCGAUGUGGUUAGUCGACCGCUGUUAGGCUUCAAGAAACCGUCCUGCCCAGCUCGAGGGUCAGGACCCACGGGGCAUUAUCUCAUCUGUGAUUCUGGGUUGCCGCAAAGCCUUUGCCCUCCCGAAACUAAGGGGGGUGGGGGUGUGUGGGCCAAUUCAUAGCAACUGACUUGUUUACAUGUGUGUGAGUGAAACUGCACAAAGAAAAACAACAUAAAACUUGCACUUUAAUAGUAGUUCUGGUGUCAACAUCGACAUGAACAAAAUCUUAUCCAGGUGUUUAUACUGUGUGUAUGAGGUCUUUAAUGUUACUGUUGGAUUUUUGAUAUAAAAUAAAAUAACUUAAAAUGGAAAA